AUGAAUCGUAGUGAUAUCACAUGGCUAGGUGAUAUUCUAUUUAACAGAAGUAACCGGUCUAUAAAGUACUUGGAAGAUGGGUAAGUUAAUAUAACCAUAUAUGUUACCUCAUUGCUUAAAAUCGCUUUGAAAGUAUCGGAUCAUCUUACCAUCAUGAUUUACUUUGAAAUGUACACGUGAUUUUAAUGUAUUCUUAAUUACCAUUGUUCAUAUUACACUUGAAAUACCAUAUGUCUUACAGUAAUAUCUACCUCCUGAACGAGUUUGUGGAAUGGCAAGACAUAAAGAUAAGACUGAGCAACAACUGGUCAUAUAUGGUAUGUUAUGCCACUUCCAUGGUUUUCAACUUCGUUUGGUUUCUGAUGAGUUUGAGGAAAAAGAAACAUGAAUAUUACCAAAAGUAAGUUGUCUUAGGUAAAUCGCAAGAUCAAAACAUGGUUUAAACAAUCUUAUAAAGCUAUAGUGUAAAUAAUUAAAAUUUAAAUUCUACUUUUACAGAGUAAACAUAAUUCUGGCCAAUUUGGCCUUUACCAACUUUAUUUUAUCGACCGGUUUCCUGUUUUACACUUUUCUAAUCGACAUUUACUACGAUGUAGACUCGUUUAACACCUUGAUAUCAAUCAACCAAGACUCUGUGUUCUACCAAAUAUGGCCUAUAUCAAAGGUAACAAUACGUUUUACAUUUUUAUCCAUUAAUUUACCGGUUGUAUCCCUCACUACCUAAUUCACUAUUUAAAAACUGAUUUAAACAUCAAAUAAUCAGUAACUUUUCUGAUGCUUUGAAGCAAAUCAAAGCGAACAAGUUAAAAAGGUCAUCAAAAUAUCAAAAACUAAUACAUAAACCUACCUUUAGAUCAUAAUCCACAAGGAAAUGGUUGAAUCCUUCAGCUCUUCACAGUCGAUCGUCAUGUUCAUGUUGAGUGUGGACAGAUACUGUGCUUUAUUCCCAAAUUACUGUAGCUUCGUGAAAAGGAUGUGGAUGUUUGUAAUACUGGCAUUGACUCCAUAUAUCUUGUCAAUGAUUCUACUAGACGAAGAUCUCUCGGCCUACUUUAUGAAUACGGAACAAAUCAAAAUAUUAAAGUAAGUUAUUGAACCAGCAUGAAAAGUAAUUUAGAAAAUAUUAUUUUAAAAAGUUUAGAGUAUAAGUAAAAAGCUUUUAUAAAAUACGAAAGCUUGCCUAAAAACCUGUAUUUGUAUGGCAAAGACAUAAUUUUGUUUCGAUCAAUAUUUAAAUUUGGUCAUGUAACGCAAUGCCACAAAGAUUCCUUUUUCAGAUUGGUUUUCUGGCUGACUCCAACUCUGCUGGCCUUGAUAUUCACAAGUUGCAGCGUUGCUCGGCUUCUACAAGACAGUUACUCCAGCAACCCCAACCACAAUCUACCAUGUUCGGUAUCUUUGUUCUUGUUGUUGAUUAUCCAGAUCGUGGAGAAGUUCGGCCACUUUCUCAAUCUUCUCCAUGAAAACUUUCGCGUUCACAUCGUGGUGGGAUCGUCUCAUGCGAAUCAAGUUCUCGACAGAUGUCUAUCUGCCUUCUACUCGCUUUCUGAUGUUCUACUCUUGUAUUCUCCAUUGAUUCAGGCGAUAUUCUUCUUGCUCUCGAUGAAGCUCUACAGGAAGAAGAUGAUGCGGAUGGGCGACAGACUGAUCAAGUGUUUUAGAUGCAAAAGGAAGCCUAAAUUAGACUACAAUUCGGAGACUAUGAAGUCGAUUAUAGCUGAACAGAAGAGGUUUAGGCAGAUGAACAAAGCUUGA